GAGAGAGAGAAUCAUCCCAAAGCCGAUCCUGCUGCAGCUGAUCAGCGAGCUGUGAGGACUAAACAGCUUGAGGCUUCUCACAUGCCGGCAGGUAAGAGCAGCCUGGGACCAGAUGGGUGGUUAGAAGCCAAAGUUAAAGGGAUUACUCUUGGCUGUCGAACACAGGAGGUCCUUGGAGCCGAACAGGAUCACCUGGCUGGCGGAGGCCGGACCCCCCCCCCUCCCCUCCCAGGACGCAGGACCUAUCGAGCGCAGCUCUCCCGGCGUGUUCACUAGCCAUGGAGCCCCGACUUUGAGUUUGUGCUGCUCGCGGAAUUAACGCUGACUGGGAGGAGACUUCAUCUGGUCUUUCGCUGCUGACAUGUGUUGCACCACCACGUCUCCAUCCCCCGCGUACGAUCUCCAUUCAUGCUGUUCGUCACAUCGAGACUAAGGCCCAGGAGGACGCUGGUCGUUUGUCGAGGAAUAACUUGGGCCAAAUAUGGCCAGAGACGUGAGUCCUCCGAGCCUCAUGCCUCUGUCGGCAAGAUACCAGGAACGGGAUGGCACCUCUCUGGGGUUCAUCCUCCCUUCCUUCCCCCUGCGUUUUCUAAUUCUCUACUACUUCCUGUCAUGUGCGGUGUCAGUAACAGGAAAUUUGCCAGGCAUUGAAUAUGACUACGGCAUUAGCCCCAAAUUUGUCUGCACCCCGAUUCCCCCAGAAGCCGACCCAAGCUGCUACUCCCCGCCCAGCGUGCCCCACGGGCCGAGCAGCAACGGCCAAACGAGCGGCCACAACGGCAGCAGCCGGCGCGGCGUGAUGUCCGACGAGGCCAAAGCCACCAUCUUGCAUCUGCGCGAGAGUCUGGUGAGGCAAAAGGAGACCAUCCUGGACCAGCGGGAGACCAUCAGGGAGCUGACCGCCAAACUCACCUUGUGUGAGGGCUUUGGCGGUCACCAUGGCACCGAUCGCCACGACAACCACCACGAAAACCAUCACGACACCCACCACGAUACCAACCACCACGACGGCCGCCCCGAUGACCACCGUGGGCAUCACGGCGGCCACCAUACGCCCCCGCCGUCGCACCAUGGGCCUUCCACGUAUCACAGCGGCGACCAUCACCACUCGCAUGGCGGCCACAGGUCGGACCCCCACCCGAGGAAGGCCCCGUCGUACGGGAAGCACAGCUCCUUCUCCCCCGAACAGACGGGCAAAACCCUGCAGACGCUGAAGGAAAGACUGGAGAACUUGCAGGCCAGGAACUCGUCCAGCUCGUACUCCAGCUCCCUGAGAGAACUCCUCCAGCGGAAGAUCACCGCCCUGGAGGAGCAGCUGGACAGCUACUACCGAGAUCACCAUGACGACCACCGGGACGAUCAUCACGACGACCACCGCGGAGGGAGCAGCCACCCUGACGACCAUCACGACGACCGCCACGAUGACCACCACGAUGAUCACCGUGGCAACGGCCGCCACGACGACCGCCACGAUGACCACCACGAUGAUCACCGUGGCAACGGCCGCCACGAUGACCACCACGAUGACCACCAUGGCAACAGCCGCCACAACGACCACCACGACGACCACCACGGCACAGGUCAUCGUGACAACCACCACUAUGACCACCGGGGUACUGGUCGGCGUGACGACCAUCAUGAUGACCACCGUGGCAAUGGUCAUCAUGACGACCACCACGGCAGCUAUCAUAGCAGUCACCACGGUAGCAACAGGAACAACCAUCGCGGCGGUCACCACAGUCGCUAUAACGACCACCACUACGACUGGCACCAUAGCCGGCAGCGCAGUCACCACGGCAACCAUCAUAGCCCCCACCAUGAUGAGCACCACGAUGAUCACCAUGGUUACUACGAUGAUCAUCACGAUGGCCAUCACCAUGACCAUCACGAUGACCACCACAAUGACCAUUACGAUGACCAUCACGAUGACCACCGUGACAAUGACCACCAUGACAAUGACCACCAUGACAAUGACCACCAGGAGAGCCGCCGCGGUAACGAUCAUAGUCCACCCCACACAAAUCUGCGAGGGGCGGGGCAUGGCAAGCUGGAAACAGUGCUCAGCCAACUGCACCAUGGCAACACUGACCACGCAACAGAUGCUCAACAAAAGCCAACUGCAGAGGGAAGAACACGGACAACGGACGCCCUGAAUCUUAACUCUCCCGCCUCCGUCCUACCAGGAAAGAAGCUAAAGACCCCGAACGCCUUCCUGCUCAACUUCCCCGUGAAGACCAACUACAUGUACGCCAAGAUGAAGCGGCCGCCGGUCAACGAGAUCUUCGCCCUGACCAUCUGUCUGUGGCUGAAGGCGGGAGCGGGUCCCGGCCUCGGUACCCCGUUCUCCUACGCUGCACCCGGGCAAGCCAACGAGCUGGUGCUCAUCGAAUGGGGCAGCAACCCAAUGGAGCUGUUAAUCUGUGACAAGGCGGUCACGUUGCCGAUAACCAUGACCGACGGGAAGUGGCACCACGUGUGCAUCACGUGGACGACGCGUGACGGCGUCUGGGAGGCCUACCAGGACGGCGUGAAGAAAGGCUCGGGGCAGAACCUGUCGGCGUGGCGUCCCAUCGAGCCAGGAGGGGCCUUCAUCCUGGGCCAGGAGCAGGACACGAUGGGGGGGCGCUUCGACGUCACCCAGUCCUUUGUGGGAGAGCUGUCGGAUCUCCAGUUCUGGUCCAGAGUGCUGUCGGCCAGCGAGAUCUCCACCCAGGCCACCUGCGGGGGCCACCUCGUCGGUGAUGUCAUGUCCUGGUCCGAGGAGUCAGUGGAGCUCCACGGGGGGCUUGUGCAGGUGCCCUUUGACCCCUGCCACUAAGGCUUCAGAGAGCCGUCGAGUCAACCCCCCCCCCCCCCCCCCAGACUGG